AAUAUCCGGUAUUCAAGUUAAACAUGGCGAUUAUCAGCUGCUCAUCAGCUUUGUUUUCUUUACAUCAUUCCACUUAAAAAUGAACCUGUUAUAUCUCCUGCAUAGGUAGUCAGUAUAUUUCAUCAAACUGUGUCAAAAAGAGAACCGAUUCCUUACAAAUCAUUCCAGAAGAAGCUUUUAAACACUACUUUUGUGUUUUGGGUUGAGCGCGCGUGAGUGAGUACAUUUAACGUUUAAAUAAUUAUCGUCGAUCUCUGUCUGUCAGUCAGUUUCACUUUCGGCGUCAGAAGGUUAACGAGUUUUCUUAUAUAGUGAAACAUUAUUCAAAGGUAUUUGGUACAUUUCCCUUUUCUUUUCGAAUUGAUAUCUCACAAGUGUGUUUACAUUCCUUUACGUUUAACAAAUAAUUUUCUAGAUAGUUUAUAUAUUUUAUCUUUAUUCUAAAUUUAUCGAAAAUAUAUAUGACACAUUUUAAGGAUGAAGAUACUCACUGAAAAAUGACUCUGAAAUUUAUUGUAUUUACUGUUUCUAUUAACGAAUAGAAAUAGUAUGUAUUAAUAAAAAUGAGGCAUUUUUUUAAGUGUUAAAAUUGCCUCUUUUUAAGAGAUAAAAAAAAAAUAUCUACCUUUGACACGUGUUAACUGACUGUAGAUUUUAAAGGUUAAUAAAGCAACUUAUAAUGGAAAGUUUUUAUUUAAACAAGGUGUUAAUUGAAAAGAUGGGUUUUUAUCAUCCGUCCUCUAUCUCUCUUUCUCUCUCUCUCUCUUUUUAUGUACAAAUAUGUUAUUAUGUAUAGAUAUAUGGUUACAAAAUAACUAUAUAUUAUUCCUUCUCCCUACAGAAUGAAGAAUGUCUUUAGUGACCGUAACAAGGUCUCCAACGCCGAACAAUGUACCCCAAUCUCCGUUUACCUUUACAAGAACUGCUCACUUCUCUCUUGAUGAUACAAAUAAACAUUCCAUUAGCCACAAUUAUGUCGCUUUGAAGGGAGCAGCUCUUAUAUUACCUUUAUCGGAAUGCGUUCAUCGUAGAAUUGAUAGCAGCGAGAGCAUUAUCCAUCAUCAUUUGCAAAUGAUUUGCGAUCUACUAUGCUUAGACCAUUGUUUAAAAAUUGCUGUUCAUUUAGAAAGCGCAAAUGAUAAUCAUAUAAGAUAUAUGGCUCUUGUUUCUCCUGAAGGAGAAGUACAGUUUGGUCCAGCGGCUGUUAUUCUUGGUAUUGAUAUUAUCCCGUUUAAGGAUGGGAGAGAAACCUGUGCUACUAUCGGCCUUAUACUUCCUUUAUUUUGUGAUAUGGAUGUGAGACUUUGUGAGGAUGGUUAUUUCGUUGUGGCAUCGAACAAUGAGCAGAAUUUUUUUAAGCCGGUAUCUGUUCAAGUGCUUUGGUCAGCUCUACAGAGCCUCUACGUAUGUCAGGAAAUGGCGAAUAAUCCGAAACACCUAAAUAAAUUGAAUAGGUCGACUCGUCGAAGUAACGAUUGGACCGCCGAUUAUAAAGUAAAUUCUGUAUACGCCAAUAUUUCUGAAUGGAAUAAGAGUUGUGAGGAUAUUGAAAUUAAAUUUACAUCGCCAAUAUACGAUCUCCAUAAAUCGCCAACGGAACUCGAGAUGCAGCGAAAGAUUGAAGGGGCUCUUAGAGAAAUUAUGGCGAUUGUCGAUUUAGAAGAGGUUACAACCGUUAUGAUUCGUGAGAAAUUAGAAAAGAAAUUAUCAAUGAAUUUACAUUCUAGAAAGUCUUGGAUUGAUGAAAAAAUUUUAGUUGUUUUAGAGCAGUUUAACUCUCCAUCAACUAUCCGUGAUUAUUUACUAUUAGGUUCGGAAGGUAACGCUUCAGAUCUUAAAGAGUUGAAAAGGCAAAAUGUUACACAUAUCCUUAAUAUAACGCGGGAGGUGGACAAUUUUUAUCCAAACCGUGAAUUUGUAUAUAUGAAUAUUCGUGUCGACGACGACGAAAAUGCUUGGCUGCUCAACGAGUGGGAUUCCACCAAUGCUUUUAUAAGUCAGGCUAAGGAACUUAAUUCUAAAGUAUUGGUACAUUGUAAAAUGGGAGUUUCCAGAUCUGCAGCGACAGUUAUUGCUCAUCUUAUGAAGUGCGAAGGUAUGCGCCUAGAUCAAGCCUUGAAAGACGUUAAAACUCGUCGACCAGUUAUUAGACCAAAUAGAAAUUUUAUGCGACAAUUGAGUGAGUACGAGAAUAUAUUGGAAGCAAGUGGUCAAAGAAGACGAUUUAAAGUCGAAACUACAUUCCAACUCUCCCCAAUAGCCAAUCGUUGUACUUUUAGUGAUUGUAAUACCAGAUCUACACCUGAUUUAAGUAUAAAGUGCAAUGAUAAAUGUCCAAGGAGAGGAAGUUGCACUCCUCCAACUACUCCAAAUUCUAAAAGAAAAAUUGUUACCGACUCCGUUUAUUUUCCAUUGAAUAAUUCUGAUCAAAGGGACAAUUUUGUCCGUUAUAAUUCGCGUGAUAGAAAUACACAAUCUGGCGUUCAUAGAUCUCAAAGUAUGAGAGAGAGAGGUGCCUAUAGUAAAGUUGAACUUGAACGUUGGAGUGGUCAAGAGUAUGAGGAUUACGAACACUUGACUCCAGGUGUUAUACAACGUCGUCUCAGAGCUCUAACGGAACCCGAAAGAAGAUCUAUCGAAUCAGACACUCCUCCUGAUAACAAUGUAGUACGUCAAGGUUUCGUUCAACAACAAGCGCAAACGAUCGAACGCAGUACUCCACCCGAAACGCCAAAGCCAGUAAGAGCAUCGGAACACAGAAGAGAGCAGCAAGAGAUCGAAUCCGACGAAGAGCAAGAUCAAGACCAAAAACAUACUACGAACGGUAUGAGCCAGAAAAAUAAUGUUGUUCCUAAUCACAACGACGGUGAAUGGCGAAAGAAAGUAGGUCAGGAUAGAAACAGAGUCGAGGUUCGAGUUCAGAUCAACCCUCAUACUUUUAUAGAGGCUAAACCUGCGUCUGAAGCUCACUGUAAAGUUUACGUACGAGGUCAGGCUCAGUCUUUGAAACAAAAUCGCAAUAGGACCAGAGCUCAGGCACGAGAGAAAAUUCGUAACAGAGGUCGACAACAGGCUUCAGACAAUUAUUCGUCAGCCGAAUCCUCGAUAGAGGAGUAUGCCGAUGCCGGCCCAAAACGAUUUAAUAGCUAUAAGGACUGCGAGGACGACUCUGAUAUGGAUUAUACAAGUCCAUUCCAAUGGAUGAAAGCGGAACAAUUGGCCAGAAUGAGGCGUGCUAUUGCCAAAAAUACUAGGAAAAAGACGGAAUCGUAA